CGGGUCCUGUGACUUGUCAGGUGGUUGGUUUGAGUAAGGAGACGAGAGGGGACGAAGUGCCUGCAAUUGUGCUGCGUUGUUUCUGAACAAGAGGGAAGCACAUUUUCAGCUGCCUUCCCGUCUUGUACAAGUUCAAAGGAAACAGCUAAACUUUUUUUUUUUUUUUUUGCUGUCGCAGAGAGGGGUUUUUAACAUGGCCGGGGGCUCGAUAUCGGAAUGUAAAGAGUAUUUAUUUAAAGUUCUGGUGAUUGGAGAAUUAGGUGUGGGGAAGACAAGCAUUAUUAAGCGGUAUGUGCACCAGUUAUUUUCCCAACAUUACCGAGCGACGAUUGGUGUUGAUUUCGCUUUGAAGGUGAUCAACUGGGACAGCAAGACGUUGGUGAGAUUACAACUGUGGGAUAUAGCAGGUCAGGAGCGGUUCGGCAACAUGACCCGGGUGUACUACAAGGAGGCGGUGGGCGCGUUCGUGGUCUUCGACGUGACGCGCGGCUCCACCUUCGAGGCGGUGUCCAAGUGGAAGCACGACCUGGACAGCAAGGUGAAGCUGGCCAACGGCAGCCCCAUCCCCUCCGUCCUGCUGGCCAACAAGUGCGACCAGAAGAAGGAGGCCAGCAACAGCGCCGCCCUCAUGGACACCUUCUGCAAAGAGGCCGGCUUCCUGGGCUGGUUUGAUACCUCCGCCAAGGAGAACAUCAACGUGGACGAGGCGGCCCGCUUCCUGGUGGAGAACAUCCUCCUUAACGACAAGGGCCUGCCGUACGAGGAGAGCAACGGGGACAAGAUCAAACUGGACCGGGACGCGGUGGCGGCGGAGAGCAAGUCGGGCUGCUGCUAGCACUGGG